UUCUCGUAAGGCGCGGCUGCACCGCAUACAAUACGAUUUAGUAGGAUGCGAUUUCGUAAGUACAUCAACGGCUGCUUUCUAGGACAGCACCGCAUUGCACUGCAACACGCUCCACGGCCUCGGUUCGCGGCGGUACCGCAGACUGCUACCGUAGCUGCUCUCUCUCCUCGCUGCAGCGCCGAAGCUUCGAUUCCUUAUCAGCGUCUCGUUGGCUAGCGUCGAAUGCGCGAUGGCGACUAGCGGCUGAUGCGCCGCAAACCCCGCGUCCCAUGAUCGCUGCAAGCCGCGCGUGCCCUGACAGUCGGCAUGUCGGUGCUCUCGCUGCUACUGCGCGUGCCGGCGGGCGUGGUGGGCUUCGUGGCGUCGCUGGAGCUGGUGGGCUACGCGCUCACGGCGCUCGUCUUCCUCUCGGGCCUCCUCGCGGGGCUCACCGCCGCCUACCUCGUCCUCAUCUACCCGCUGCCGCUCACCGUCAAGGAGGCGGAGCAGCGGGCGGCGCCAACGGAGGGACUGGACGAGAAGGCGCUGAGAAGGUUCUUCGUGCACCUGCCGCCAUGGGUCAGCAACCCGGACUAUGAGCGGGUUGACUGGCUCAACAGAAUAGUGGCCGAGAUGUGGCCCUGCAUCAACAAGGCGGUGUCAGAGGCGGUGCAGAGGGACUUCACUCCGCUGCUCAACAACUACAAGCCUGCCUUCCUGCACUCUCUCUCCUUCUCCCACUUCUCCCUCGGCUCCCUGCCCCCGGCUAUUAUUGCCAUCAAGUCCCUGGACACGCAUGACGACGAGGUGAUCAUCCAGCCGGUCAUGCGGUGGGCCGCCAACAACAACAUCGCUGUCACUGCCACCCUGCACGGCUUCUCCUGCUCCCUCCAGCUCACGGACCUGCAUGUGAGGGCGGUGGUGCGCAUCACUGUGAAGCCCCUCGUGCCCGUCUUCCCCUGCUUCUCCCGCAUCACCCUCGCACUCAUGGACAAGCCCCAUGUGGACUUCGCCCUGCGCUUGCUAGGGCUCGACGUCAUGGCCAUCCCCGGCCUCUGCAACCUCGCGCAGAACCUGAUAUCUGACACCAUAGCGGACCUGUACCUGUGGCCCAAGACAAUUGAGCUGUACCACGAGGAGCCCAAGGUGGCCGUGGGGUGGCUGACCAUCAGUGCCUUGCGCGCCAGCAACCUGCGCAACCUGGGGCUGGUGGGCACCAGCGACCCGUACGUGCACUGCUGCCUGUCCAGCAGCCUGGGCAGCCGCGUGACGAGUGUGAGGGACAAUGAGCUCAACCCCGAUUGGGGCGAGGAGGAGCUCAGGCUCAAAGUGCUCGAUCCUGCCACCCAGAAGCUGCACAUCGAAGUGUUUGACAAGAACACGGCCAAGGCGGACAGGCUGAUGGGUGUGCAGACCGUGGCGCUGGGCGAGCUGACUGCGGGGGAGGCGAGGGAGUUUGACCUGCGGCUGGCGGCGCGAUUCAGCGACCUCAGCGCCGUGGGGGGGGGGAGGAGCCGACGGGACCUCGGGAGUAUCUGCUUCCGACUGCUGUACACCCCUCUAGCGGAGGACGAGGAGGCGCCCCCCAUGGAUGUGGAGGAGAUGCAGGAGGAGGAGGCGGAGGCGUUCCCCGAGUGGGUGCCGGUGGGGGGCGGGCUGCUGCGCGUCAUCCUGCACCGAGGGGAGGGGCUGGAGGCGCGGCACCACGCCAACCCCUUUGUGGUGCUGCGGUUUAGGAACCAAGAGUGGCAGAGCCAGCACUACAAGAAGCAGGCAGAUGUGGUGUUUGAGGAGGAGCCGUUCGAGGUGUUUCUGGAGAAGCCCCCUGUGAGAGACACCCUGCACAUCAAGGUCUUCUCCAAGUCGCUCUCCUCCUUCUCCGUCCUCUCCAAGGAGGCGGUGGGGUACUGUGAGAUCGCGCUGAGCGACGUGGUGAUCAACGGGCGCAUCAACGACCUGUACCCCCUCAUCGACUCCAAGGGGCAGCUGCAGCUCGAGAUGCAGUGGCACCGCCGCACUGACAACUCGCAGGUGGCGGAAGAGACGUCGCUCGCCACCCGCGUGGGGCAGAUGAUCCAGCAGACGGCGGUGGGCAACAUGAUUUCGCAGACGGUCACCGCCAUGGAGACCGCCUCGGAGGAGAUUAAGGCGCGCUGGCAACAGCCGAUCUGAUGUGCGCGCAGAUUGCACAUGAGGGCUUUGAUUUGAUGGCGCAUCGCGAGUUACAGUGCAAGUGAGCUUUCAAAGGCAACCUCUUACGGGCCUUGCACACUCCUUUAGAGGAGAAUCUACUGAAUUGCACUACUUACAUCUCAGAGCGUUAAUUGGACGCUUGAUGAUUCAGUAGCCACUAGUCUGGGGACUUGUAUACUUCUGGGUUUCAAUGAAGAGUGGUUUUACAU